AUGCUCACACCCGAUGAAGACCCACCCUCCAGCGAAGACCCACCCUCCAGCGUAGCUACCCACAACGAAGUCGCCACGCACGUUGAAUCUAUCCUGCGCAAUGUAAUCCACGCCAUCAACACCCGCAACUUCAACAUCAAAACCCCUCCCUGGGACAGCGUCACAGCCGACUACUGCAUCGCGUGCCCACACAACCCACGUCUCAACCUUGUCUCCUCAAAAUCGGAAUGGAUCCAAUCUCUCGAAGACUUUGCCAAGUCAUAUCCGGACUCACACAUCACAAUCGACUGUCUGAUGUCAAGUGUGAGUCAGAAUAGCGGACAUGCGAAGGUGUUUAUGGAGUGUAGAGUGACGGGAGGGCCGGGGUUUCCGAGUGGGAAGAUGAGCAAGCCGACGAUGAGUAUGCAUGAGUUUCGGUUUGUUGAGAGUUUGGGGAGGUGGAUGUUUGUGAAAGAGACGACGGUGAAUGGGGCGCCGGUUUGUGUGCCUUGGAUGGAUGGGGAGGUUAGCGUUUGGGGUGGCGGGUGA